GCACGGCGCCCUCCGCGAGCCGCCCCGCUAUGCUGCGCGUCCCCAGCCGCCUCCUCGGGGCCUCCGUAGCACCCGCCGCGGCCCUGGCGGCGGCGCUUCUCUCGUCGCUCGCGCGCUGCUCUUUCCUGGAGCCGAGGGACCCGGUGGCCUCGGCGCUCAGCCCUUACUUCGGCACCAAGACUCGCUACGAGGAUGUCAACCCCGGGCUGCUGUCGGACCCCGAGGCGCCGCGGCGGGACCCGGAGCUGCUGCAGGACACCUGCACCCCGGUGCAGCUGGUCGCCCUCAUCCGCCACGGCACCCGCUACCCCACGGCCAAACAGAUCCGUAAGCUGAGGCAGCUGCACGGGCUGCUGCAGGCCCGCGGGCCCGCGGGUGGCAAGGACGGCAGUGCCCGCGGCCGCCCUCUGGGCGCCGCGCUGGCGGACUGGCCGCUGUGGUACGCGGACUGGAUGGACGGACAGCUGGUGGAGAAGGGACGGCAGGACAUGCGACAGCUGGCACUGCGCCUAGCCUCGCUCUUCCCGGCCCUCUUCAGCCGCGAGAACUACGGUCGUUUGCGGCUCAUCACCAGCUCCAAGCACCGCUGCGUGGACAGCGGCGCCGCCUUCCUGCAGGGGCUGUGGCAGCACUACCACCCUGGGUUGCCGCCGCCCGACGUCGCAGAUAUGGAGUGUGGACCUCCAAGGAUUAAUGAUAAACUAAUGAGGUUCUUUGAUCAUUGUGAGAAGUUUUUAGCUGAAGUGGAAAGGAAUGCUACUGCUCUUUAUCAUGUAGAGGCCUUCAAAACUGGACCAGAAAUGCAGAACAUUUUAAAAAAAGUUGCAGCUACUUUACAGGUGCCACUAAAUGAUUUAAAUGCAGAUUUAAUUCAGGUAGCUUUUUUCACCUGUUCAUUUGACCUGGCAAUUAAAGGUGUUAAAUCUCCCUGGUGUGAUGUUUUUGACAUAGAUGAUGCAAAGGUAUUAGAAUAUUUAAAUGAUCUGAAGCAGUAUUGGAAAAGAGGAUAUGGAUAUACUAUUAAUAGUCGAUCCAGCUGCACCCUGUUUCAGGAUAUCUUCCAGCACUUGGACAAAGCAGUUGAGCAGAAACAAAGGUCUCAGCCAAUUUCUUCUCCAGUCAUCCUCCAGUUUGGUCAUGCAGAGACCCUUCUUCCACUGCUUUCUCUCAUGGGCUACUUCAAAGACAAGGAGCCCCUAACAGCUUUCAAUUAUAAGGAACAAAUGCAUCGGAAGUUCCGAAGUGGUCACAUUGUACCUUAUGCCUCAAACCUAAUAUUUGUGCUUUACCAUUGUGAAAAUGCUAAGACUCCUAAAGAAGAAUUCCAAGUACAGAUGUUAUUGAAUGAAAAGGUGUUACCCUUGGCUGGCUCACAGGAAAGUGUUUCUUUGUAUGAGGAUCUGAAGAACCACUACAAGGACAUCCUUCAGAGUUGUCAAACCAGUGAAGAAUGUAAAUUACCAAAGGUGAACAGCACAUCUGAUGAGCUAUGAGAAACUGGAGAACACUUUUAAUUUAUCAGGAAUCUGUAGAGAGUGAUUACAUGCUUGUAAUAGGUAGGCAAUCCCUUGAUUACAGAAUGCUUUCACGUUAGUUGGACAUUUCUGUCUUUUCACAGAAAAACAUUGAGUUUCUUUUUGGGUCUGGACAAAAUAUGUAAGAAAUGAUUCUUCACUGGAGCAGGUCUCUUAAGGGGAAAAAAAUCUAUUCAUAGAAACAGCUGGCACUGCAAAUGUUUACAGAAAUGAAAUUCUUUCUACUUAUACAAGAAAUCUCAUACUGAGAUAGAAAUAUGAUUUCAAAGUGAUACUUGAAAAGUGCUAGAGUAACAAAAUGUAAUCACGAUUGGAUGAUCCAUAAUUUGAUGGAACUAAAUCUAGGAACUCUACCAGUUGUGCUGCAGUGCUCUCUUUGCUCCUCAGGUAGGACAGUUCUAGUAUUAAUUGUCUUUCUUAAUCAGAAAUGUUGUGAGAAGCUGGGAAUAUCUCUUUGGAAGAAAGCUAACAUCUCUCUAGAUGAGAGUUUGAAACAAUGUUAAUAAACAGUCUGUUAAAAUAAAUCAGACACCUUUACUGAAGCAAGACAAAAGUAUAUUAAAAUAAAUAUUUUUGUAAAUAGUA